AUGGCGGUUCUCCUUCUCUUAGCAGCUUUGCUGCAAGAGCCAGUCUCAAGCACCUUGUACGGAUCCAGGUUUCUGACAGGUAAGGUUGGAGGAUCGGUCACCCAUCAGUGCUUCUACUCCAUCACGCCAGCCAACAAACAUGACCGAAAAUAUUGGUGCAAAAUAGCAAGAAGCGGAGUUUGCUACACCGUCAUCUCUACAACCGGUUACACCUCGAAAGACCAUGCGGGGCGAGUGUCUCUCAAGGACAUCCCCCAGAACGGCACCUUCAUGGUGACAAUGACAGAGCUGAAGAAGAGUGACACAGGGACCUACCGAUGUGGUAUCGGCACCACCAACAGAGACCUGUAUGUCAGCCUGGACCUGAGGGUUUUGGCAGAUGCCGGUGCGUCGGGACCAACCGAGCUUGUCUGGGGGGAGCUCCUCGGCUCUGUCACGGUCCUGUGCCCACCUGGGGACACCCAAGCUGAUGAGAAGAGGUUCUGGUGCAAACUGGGGAGAACCGGCUGCGCUCUCAUCGCCGACACCAGUGGCUACGUGGGAAAGAGUUACCAAGGACGAAUCCUUAUUACCCCUCAGGAGAGCUCUGGAGCUUUCAAAAUCUUGAUAAAUGACUUAAAAAAGGAAGACUCGGGGCUGUACGGGUGCGGGACGGGAAGGCUUAGCGGUCAGGACAGCCUGCAGGUGGUGGCUCUGCAGGUGACCGCAGCCUCCACCCUUCCCAAGAGACCAAAAUUUCUGAGCGGCACAGUCGGAGGCUCGCUGUCCUUGAAGUGCCACUAUGAUCCCAAGGGGAACUACGAGAAGAAGUAUUUGUGCAGGUGGAAGGAAGCUAGCUGCUCGCUGCUCGUGGACACGGACGGGUUUGUGCAUGAGUCCUACGAAGGGCGAAUACAAAUAGCCAGCAGCGACCAGGAAAAUGGGACUUACACGGUGGUGAUGAGCCACCUGAGAGAGGAGGAUGCAGGAUGGUACUGGUGCGGGGCUAAAAAUGGGCACACAGAGCACACGUCCUCUGUGAAGCUGCGCAUCCAGAAGGUUAUUGGCAAGUAA